AUGAGACCACCAAGGAUCCUCAUAGCAGGCUUCUUCUUCGUGGCCACUGUUAUCUUGACCUUCGUUUCUCUGCGGUCCUCGCAUCCUCCUCACAAUGUCGCGACCUCAUCUCCAGCGGUGCCGAGGACCGGCAUUCAAUCGCUAUUUGCCUUCAGAGCCCCAUUCUCUCUCUUUCCUCCGAACGCGAUCAUAACUUUAACGAACGAUAACACGACUGCUUUCUUGGCUCGGCCGGCGGACUACGGCCCAUCACUGCCGUCAGAUGGGAUGAAAGGCCAAGUGUGGAUAGGAAGUGGAUUUGGAGAUGAUAAUGUCCGCCAGGGAACUGUGAGUGCGAGUGCAGAAGGAGAAUUGGGCUGUAGUGAUGUCCCCGGCUGGGUGGAGAGCUAUGCAAAAACCGGUGCUGCUGCCGCCGAGCUCAAGAAAGCAACAGACAACAAUGCUGCAAAGGCUGCCCUCAAGUCGAAGUCUCAGAAGAGGUCAAACGAUGAGGAUGGUCCGUUCGGUGACGACUCUGAAUUACAGGAAGAAUCUUCCAACGGAAAGGAUGCUAAGCCGAAACCCUCCGUGGAUGAUGGGACCGAUGAUUAUUUACACCAUCCUUUGCCCGAAUCAACUGUAUCGAAGUCCACGGACAAGCCAGCUGCUGAGUCAAAGGGAGAUCACGCAGAUAUACAAUCGAUACAGGAAGGGGCCGAAAUUGCAGGAAAGGUUGUUCUGUUGAGCCGUGGGGGUUGUGGAUUUGUGGAGAAAACCAAAUGGGCACAGCGAAGAGGGGCAAUUGCUCUAAUCGUGGGUGAUGAUCAGAAGGGAGGGGCUUUGAUACAGAUGUAUGCUCGAGGAGAUACUUCAAAUAUCUCGAUUCCGUCCGUUUUCACUUCCAGAACUACGGCUCAUCUCUUGUCCUCUUUGGUUGGUUCUGGAAGCUUUCUCGAGGAUAUAAUCGACGAGAAUGGCAAACCUGCAUUAAAGGUCCAGCAUACAGAUAAGCCACGGAAGUCAAAGAAGCAUGGGUCUCAUCCAACCUUUACACCUACUUCUGCGGCAACAAGAUCCACAUCCACUGCACGUGCGGGAUCUAAGGUCUCUCACAAGAAAGCUCCUGGUCGGACAGAGGAGACAUCAGCCAUCACAACUGAGAAGCAUGGCUGGCUGAGAUCACUUUUCUCGGGCUCGAAGAAGAGUGACUCUAAGACAGAAAGCAGUCGACCACCAAGUAGUGGCCAAUUAGACUGGGUUCUAGUAGAUGAAUGGAAGGAUGAUGACGAAUCAGGAUCCAAGAAGAUCUCGACGAAGCCGAGCAAGAAGACAGACAAGAAAAACCCAACCAAGAAGCCUUCAUCGAAGACUAAACCAGGUGCGAAGGCGACUUCUGGAGAUGAUUUUGUAAUCGGUGUCCAGGACUGGAGAGAUCCUGAUUUGGUUGGAUCCAAGGACACCGAGACAGAGAACGGGAAAGCUGCAACACCAGCAAGUAAUGGAAAGCCAGGCACAGCAAAUAAGAACGAGGCUCCGCAACCGACCAAAUCCGGCAAGAAGCACCUAGGAGGUGCUCUCCAAGAAAUUCCUGAGUUUGUUUCGCCACUUCGUGGUGGCAGUAUCACGCCGGGAAGUGGUGAAUACGAUACUAAAAGCACCUCCGAUGAUAAAGAGAAAUCGAAGGACAGCAAUCAAGAAACGUCGUCUACAGAUGGCAAAUCGAAAGGUCUUCUCACUACUAUAUUCGGAGACGACGAAGAGGAUGUUGAGUUUUUACCAUCAGGCUCUCACCGCGUCACUGACGAAGACUCGGAUGAGGAGGAAGGGGACGAUGAUGAUGAGAACGAGGGUUUGUGGGUCACUAUCACACCAACGAGUGGAGCAAGUCCAUUCCUUGAUACCCUCUUAGUAUUGGUUGUGAGUCCAUUGGUCACUUUGACGGUUGUCUACGCGUUACUCUUAAUACGAUCUCGCAUAAGACGACGUCGAUGGCGAGCACCAAAGUCUGUUGUUGAGAGAUUACCUGUGAGGACAUAUCAGACAAUAGCUUCUGGUAGUCAAUCUCCUAGAGCUCCAAGUCCCACCAGCUCUUCCGUCACCACUCCACUUCUCCAGCAGUCUCCUUCUUCACGACCGAGACCACGCUCAAGAACUACAACUGGUGUUCCAGAGCCUGGGGACGUUGUGCGUGUCAAUACCAACCCAUUACACAUUCCAGCAAUCCCUCCUCGAGCACCAGAGCAUGAGAAGAAUGCUAGCGAGUCGAGUGAAUGGAAGAAGCAUAUGGGCAAGCAAGUCGAAUGUGUGGUUUGCUUGGAAGAGUAUGUCGAUGGUGUCAGUCGUGUCAUGAGUUUACCUUGUGGCCACGAAUUCCACGCCGACUGCAUUACACCAUGGCUAACCACACGCCGACGGACAUGUCCAAUCUGUAAAGGCGAUGUCGUCCGAUCACUCGCGCGAGGAUCACCAUCAAGUCCACGUUACGAACCGUAUCAUGAUGACAGCGACGAUGACUACCAAACCCAAGCAGCCGAAACCAUCAAUCCCUCCCAAUCAUCCGCACUCCCCAUCCCCCAAACCCUCGACGGCCAAGACGACCUCGAGCAAGGCAUCAUCUCCCCUUCUCCCACCCGACCCCGAAGGACAAACCGCCCCUCAAGCUGGCGCAGCCUAAUAGUCGGCAGCAUCAGCUCUCCCACGCGACCCGCGCCAUCACAACAGGAAGAGGACCGCGAUCGAUAG